AUGUAUCCACUCUCGCGUUCCGCGGCCACGGCAUACGCUGUCGCUACAACACGGCCGCCUUCCCCCCCCUUGCCUUCGUCCUCGGCGGCUUUCACUCGGCGCGUUCCGAGCCUUCGUCGCUCCGCUCUGCGUUUCGAGAGUGCAACGCGUCGCUCGACGUCCUCCGUCUUACAUUUCCUUCCGUCUCGUGCUAUCGCGUCUUCCUCGGACACACCUUCGCCGCGUUUCCACGCCCCGUCGGUUUUUUCUGAAGGUUUCUCCCCCCUGGCUUUGCCGAGCGCGGCGCUCGUCCCGCUCUCUCAUCGUUUGCUGUCUUCGCCGCUGCGUGGGCAGUCCUCCCUCGCGGUGUCUGGCCUGAGUUUGUGUGAAAGCACAGCUCUGCACAUCCCUGCGCAGACACAGCAGGGUCGCGGAAUUGCGUCCGAGCGAAAAGCGUCUGCGGUUCACGCGGUAGUCCAGGGCCACAGCGAGAUGACGCCUGCCACGACAUCGCCCAACUCCUCUGCGGCUCCCGCCGAGGGAGAGUUUGACUGUGACCUCGCAGUGAUUGGCGGAGGAAGCGGCGGCCUGGCCUGCGCCAAGAUGGCCGCGGCGCAUGGCGCGAAGACUGUCGUCUUCGACUUCGUUCAGCCUUCCACGCAAGGCAGCAAAUGGGGCCUCGGCGGCACCUGCGUGAACGUCGGCUGUGUCCCGAAGUACCUCUUCCACCACACAGCUCUCGUCGGCAAAGCCGCCCACUGGGACGGACCCCACAUGGGCUGGAAGGGACACACGGAUGAUGAGCAAAUCGACUGGAAUGCCUGUGUUGAGAAAGUUCAGAACUAUAUCAAGUCUCUGAACUUUGGUUACCGCACGGGGCUUCGCAAGGCGGGCGUCACCUACAUCAACGCCUACGCGAAGUUCCAGUCGGCUCACGAGCUCGCCUACACGCUCCGCGGGGAGAACAAAGUCUGCAGAGCGCGCAAUAUCGUCGUCGCUUGUGGAGGCCGCCCUCACAUCCCCGAAGAAGUGGAGGGCGCCUUGGAGCUCGCGAUCACCAGCGACGACAUCUUCGCUCUCAAACACGCACCAAACAAGACGCUCUGCGUGGGUGCAAGCUACAUCUCCCUCGAAUGCGCAGGUUUCCUCCGUGAACUCGGCUUCGACGUCACGGUGGCGGUGCGCUCAAUUUUGCUUCGCGGCUUCGAUCGGCAGUGCGCCGAGCAAGUCGGGCUCUGUCUCGAGGAGGCUGGCGUCCGCUUCCUCCGCGAAGCGAUCCCCACGAAGAUGGUGAAGCAGCCGAACGGGAAAAUCCAAGUCACGUUCCAAGUCGGCAGCAAGGACGCGGGCCGCGUACACGUCGAGGAAUUCGACACCGUCCUCUACGCCACCGGGCGCAAAGCAGACACCAAGGGCCUCGACCUACAAGCUGCUGGCGUGAACACAACCGAGAGCGGAAAGAUCAUCUGCGACGGCGACGGCCACACGAGCUGCCCGUCUGUCUACGCCAUCGGCGAUACCGUGCAGAACUUCCCGGAGUUGACCCCCGUGGCGAUAAAGGCAGGCGAGAUCCUCGCGCGGCGUCUGUUCGCCAACAGCACGGAGCACAUGGACUUCACAAACAUCCCGACCACUGUCUUCACUCCCAUUGAAUACGCGCAUACGGGGUACUCUGAGGAGGCUGCAGAGGCCAAGUUCGGAAAGGACGAUUUGGAGAUCUACUUGUUCCAGUUUUCGCCGCUGUUUUUUUCCUGCGUCCAUCGCGAGAAGGCCGAGAGCGCCCGCCAAAGUCCGGAAGACGUGGACGCGACGCCGCCCUGCCUCGCGAAGCUGAUCUGCGUUAAGAGCGACGACGAGCGGGUCGUGGGCAUCCACUUUGUGGGGCCAAACGCCGGCGAAGUCAUGCAGGGCUUUGCGCUCGCGGUUCGCCUCGGGGCGAAGAAGAGAGACUUCGACAAAUGCAUCGGUAUCCACCCGACGAACGCGGAAGCGUUCAUGGCCCUGAGCAUCACCAAGGCAAGCGGCGAGCCCUUCAUGGCGACUGGCGGAUGCGGAGGUGGCAAAUGCGGCUAA